AUGGGAAUCAAAACAGGACAACACUUCUCGAUUGAAGUUGUUAGAGUCGCUGCUUCGUUUCAGAGAGACUCUGUUUCAAUGCAGACACAGAACAGAAGAAGAGAGAAGAGUGAGAUCAGGAUUCUGUCGGCGGUUUCCCCGAGCCGUCUUCCGGUGGUGGGAGGGGGUGACAAGGAGGGGAGUCACGGGGAAGGGAUCUCUGAGAAGGGUGUGGAGGUCUCGUCGGAGGGAAGUCAAGUGCAAAAGGGUUCAAAGGCAGUGUCGUCCUCGCUUCAUCCUGCGGUGGGGGUUCUCAAUGGAAAGCGAUCCUUUCUACAGGCUGCUCAAAAACGUAUGUUUACUAAGCAAAAGUUUCAAGUUGUGGAGGUUGAUGGUAAGGAGAAGGUUGUAGUCCCGCGGGAGGUUUUUGAGGAUGUUAAACCUCUGUGGGAGGAUUUUGUGGUGGGAAAAUUUGUUAACGCAAAGGCUCCUCAUGUCGGUAAGAUUCACAUGAUAGUGAAUAAGAUUUGGAGGCUUGGAGAUAAAACAUCGUUGAUUGACGUUUUUGCUGUGAAUGAGUUUACGGUUAAGUUUCGUGUGCGAAGUGAGGGCAUGCAACAUAGGGUUCUAAAUCGAGGCAUGUGGAACAUUGCGGAUCUGCCCAUGAUUAUUUCUAAAUGGUCUCCUUUUACUGAAGAGGCUCAACCAGUUAUGAAAUCUAUUCCAUUAUGGGUCACUCUCAAGAAUGUUCCACCCACUCUGUUUACAGAGAAAGGCUUUGAGUUUCUUGCUAGUGCAGUAGGGGAGCCGAUUCGAUUGCAUUCAAACACUGAAGCGUGUGUGAGUUUUGACAAGGCACAAAUCAUGGUGAACGCGGACCUGACAAAGGAGUUGCCACGGGAGUACAUCGUCUCGGGUGAGGAAGAGGGCGAACUUGAAACUGUAGUUUUAUACAGCUAUCCUCAGCUCCCACCUCGAUGUUCUAACUGUCAGCAAUGGGGACAUCUUCGCACUACGUGUUUGUCCCCUGGGGUUUCUCCCCCUCUGCAAACUCAAUCAGUGUCCCCUGCAAUAGGGACUACUGAACCUCAAUCUUCUGAUUCCCCUCCAGCUCUCGCCUCUGAGAUUUCACAGGUGGUGCCUUCGGCUCUUGUUUCUGAGAGUUUGAUAGUGGUGCCUCCGGUUCUUGGCUCUGGGAGUUCGUUAGUGGAGACUCAGAGUGUUACCAAUCAGGAUUCAGGGGAAGUAAACUUGACGGAUGUAUGGAUUACACCAAAAUCGGCUGGUAGGAUCAGUCCUAGUAAGCGGCAGGAGAAGUCGGAGCUAGGUGCUGGUUCUUUGUUAAAAAACUCUUACUCUGUUCUUGGGGAGGCGGAGGAUGCUACCCAGGCUAAUGAGAAAGUUCACGAGGAGGUUGCUCAGCAGAAGGCUGGGGUCUCUGCUCAACAGUCUGCGGAGGAGGUUCCAAAGGCUCCACUCCAACACUCUGGGGUUGUUUCAACGCAGAGUGCACAACCGGAGGUGCAGAUCCGGACCUAUUUGCAUCGGGGCACAAAAACAGCUAAGAAGAACAAUUCAACUCUUCAUACUCAAUCUUCUAGGACUAAUCCCGGAGAUCAGAUGAAACUUUCGGAUCAAACAGAGGAGUUCUUUUGCUCCUUUGUCUAUGCUUUGAAUACUGUUGAGGCUAGGAAGAUCUUAUGGGAGGAGCUUAGGGCUCAUCAUGACUCUCCUAUUAUUCAGAAUAAGCCUUGGUUGGUUCUUGGGGAUUUUAAUGAAACCUUGGACAUGGCAGAACACUCCAAGGUGGAUACUAAUCCAAUAAUUUUUGCGGGUAUGCGGGAUUUCCAAGCAGUUGUGAACUAUUGCUCUCUCUCCGACAUGUCUUUCCACGGUCCUCUCUUUACAUGGUGCAACAAGCGUGACGCUGAUCUAAUUCAUAAAAAGUUGGAUCGGGUGAUGAUUAAUGAUGCAUGGAUGCGGUCUUUCCCGCAGGCUUACAGUGUGUUUUCGGCUGGAGGUUGUUCUGAUCAUUUGCAUAGUCGGGUUAUGCUUCAGGGGGAUGUCGUCAGUCAAGCUAGAAGGCAUAAGCCUUUUAAGUUUGUGAACCUAAUGACUGAGAUGGAGGAGUUUAGGCCACUGGUUGCUAGUUACUGGCAGGAUACUCAACCUCUGUUCUUGUCAACCUCUACACUGUUUCGAUUCUCUAAAAAACUGAAGAGUUUGAAACCGGCUCUACGCUCCUUGGCAAAGACUCGGUUAGGGAAUCUUGUGCGUAAGACUAAAAGAGGCUUUUGA